AUGUUCCAGUCGCAUACUGUUUUAGAUGCUAAUGGUUUUCCAGUCUAUCGUAGAAGAAACAACGGUAAUGCAAUUAAGAAAAAUGGUGUUAUAGUUGAUAACAGGUAUAUUGUACCUUACAAUCCAAGAUUGCUCAGAAAAUACCAAGCGCAUAUCAAUAUUGAAUGGUGUAACCAAAGCACUUCUAUCAAAUAUUUAUUUAAGUACAUCAACAAGGGAUAUGAUAGAGUGACUGCUGUUUUGAUUGAUGAAGAUAACGAUCAAACUGAGAAUGGUGGCACCCAUAAUGAUGAGAUCAAAGAAUAUCUACAUUGCAGAUACAUAUGUCCCUGUGAAUCUACUUGGAGAAUCUUUGGAUUUCCAAUACAUGGCAGAAAACCUGCUAUUGAAAGAUUACACUUCCAUCUUCCAGGCCAACAUAGUGUUCUCUAUGAAGACCAUGAUGAUAUUGAUGAUGUAUUGUCUAAGCCAAGUAUCUCUUAUUCAAAGUUUAUUUCAUGGAUGAACACCAACCAAAAUUCUGUUGAAGGGAGAAAUCUUACUUAUGCAGAAUUUGUUUCUAAGUUUGUAUACAAUCAGAAGAAAAGAUGUUGGCACCUUAGGAAGAAAGGCUAUACCAUUGGCAGAUUACUAUGGGUUCCACCAAUUAUAGGGGAAUUAUUUUAUUUGAGAAUGAUGCUUACUGUUUGUAAAGGACCUACCUCAUUUGAGGAUUUAAGAACAGUUGAUAAUGUUCAGUAUUCUACAUAUAAAGAAGCAUGUUUUGCUAUGAGAUUUUUACAAGAUGAUAAAGAAUUUAUUGAGGCAAUCAAAGAAGCAAAAGACUGGGGUUCAGCACAUUAUAUAAGAAAGCUAUUUGUGUUGUUACUUUUAACUGCAACAAUGAGCAAACCUGAACAAGUUUGGGACCAAACUUGGCAUUGGAUGGCUGAUGACAUUGUCUAUAAUUAUAAAAAAUCAUCAACAAGUCCAGCAUUGCAACUUGAUGAUAGAACUCUUCAAAAUUUGGUCUUGCUUGAAAUUGAACAACUGCUGCAAGCAAAUCAAAGAUCGCUAAGAGACUAUCCUUCAAUGCCAUAUCCAGAGGAUGCGAAUUGUCCAGCUUAUCUAGACAAUAGCCUUAUAUUAGUUGAACUGAACUACAACAAUGAAGAACUUAGAUCAGAGUUUGAACAUCUAUUUUCUCACAUGACAGAUGAACAAGCUUCAAUUUACAACCAGAUUGUUGAAGCUGUUAAUAAAGAUGAAGGUGGUAUGUUUUUUUCUCUAUGGAUAUGGAGUCUUAGAGAUAUCAUUAAAUACAACUCAAAGGACAAUACAAUCUUUGGAGGUAAAGUCAUGGUCUUUGGUGGAGAUUUCCAGCAGAUCCUGCCAGUCAUUCCAAGAGGCAGCCGCUCUGAUAUUGUUAACGCAACAAUUAAUUCCUCUUAUCUAUGA